GCGGUGAUGGCGGUGCGUGAACGCGCGGCGGCAGCAAUGGCCGCUCUGGAGCGGCGGGUGCCGAGUCUCGAUGACUUCGCGGGACAGAGCUGGAGCUCGUGGGUGGAGCGGGCCGACCUGCCCGUGGCUGACGGGGCUGAGUUGGAAGAGAAUAACAAAAACACAAAGAAGAUGGAUGCCAUGACCCUCAUUAAAGAAGACAUGUCCAUCUUCGGGCACUGCCCUGCCCAUGACGACUUCUAUUUGGUUGUGUGUAACCACUGCAGCCAAGUGGUGAAGCCUCAAGCUUUCCAGAAGCACUGCGAAAGAAGACAUGGGCCCCUCAGCAAGCUUUACGCCCGGGCCCCACCCCCACCUCCAGCCCCUGCCAGCUCUCAGAAAUGCCAUGUAGUGAAUGGGCAGGGCCCAGCUUGUAGGGCCCCAGGUUCCACCAAAACCUCCUCCAGGGAGAAGGGCCAGGGGUCCCGGAGCCGUGGCCACCACCCUCCUGAGAAGACCCAGAAGGACAACCUCUGCCUUUUCGUGCCUGUGGUGAAUUUGGAGAAGAUGUCCAGUCUCCCGAAGCCUGAUGGACAUGGAAUUAGGGUGGCCCCGCCCUCUGCUUUCCUCAGCCAGCCAGGCGGCCUCACCAAGGACUCCCCUGGAAAAAACCCCACGGCACCCACUUCUAAAGAACCUUCUGGCAGAGAGAGCAUCGAGAUAACCCUCAGCGAGGGCCCCAGUCACCGGACUGAAGGCAGCCCCCCUGAAAAGGAGGCUAGUGGGGCCAGGCUGCCCCCUAAAACACACCGGAAGAUGGCCCGGAAGGAGUGCGACCUCAACAGGCAGUGUGGGGUAAUAAAUCCAGAGACCAAAAAGAUCUGUACCCGCCUGCUGACCUGCAAGAUCCACUCGGUGCACCAGCGCCGGGAGGUCCAGGGCCGGGCCAAGGACUUUGAUGUGCUAGUGGCAGAGCUGAAGGCCAACUCCCGCAAAGGGGAGUCUCCCAAGGAGAAGAGCCCAGGGCGUAAGGAGCCAGCUCUCGAGCGCGCCUCCCAGGAGCCCCUCUCCUCAGUCCAGGUUGUGGCAGCAGCGGCUGCGCCCAGCAGCACCUUCUCUGCUCGUGACAAGCAGACCUACCCAUACUGUGCAUUGCCCAGGUCCCGGGCCUCCUCUGAAAGUGAGUUGGAUGAUGAUGGCCCCUGUGGUGGUGAUGGUGACCCAGGCCUGUUCCCCUUCCCUCUGCCCCGGGGUGGGGCCCAGGCCUCCAGCGAGGAGAGUGAGGAGGAGGGGACAUCUGAUGAUCUCCACCUCCCCCCUGACUGCCAUUAUGCAACCCGGCCCCCGCGGCCACAGGCGUUCUGCACCUUUGGGAGCCGGCUGGUGAGUCCAGGAUGCUACGUGUUUAGCCGCCGGCUGGACCGGUUCUGCUCGGCACUGAGCUCCAUGCUGGAACGGCACCUCAGCUCACACAUGUGGAAGAAGAUCCCACCGGCGGCUGAGCCUCCAUCCCACCUUGUCAGCUCACCCCUGUCUGCUCCCCUGAGCCCAUCCUCUACGGGCAGCUGCCACCGCCUUCCAGGCCCACCACACAGACCUGCCUGCCCAGCCUCCACGCCCCCCACCAAGGACAGCCAUGUCCCCAGCUACCCUGCAGGCUCCCCCAGUGUGGCAGCCGCCUGCAGCCAGGCAGAAUGCACAGGUGGGAGCCAGGCCAUCACCUCACCACUGCCUGCCAACACACCAUCCCCGUCCUUCAGCAAGCUCCCUCCUUCGAAGGCCAGCAAGUCGUCCAAAGGCAAGGACAGAGCUGAGGUGGAGGCGCCUUCUCGAAAGCGAAAGUUAUCCCCAGGCCCCACCACUUUCAAACGGACCUGCAUCCUGGAGCCCACUGGAAAAGGCAAACCCUCUGGCUGCCGUAGCCUCUCGGCCAAGACUAAAACAGCCCUAGGCAUGGGGCUUAAUGGGACGGUGGGGCCAAGAGUGAAGAGGGCAGGGCCCCUGGACUGUCGGGGUUCCCCUCAUCAGCCCCCCACACCGGUCAAGGCUUCUCAGCUGGACAACCGGGGAGCGGCUGGACACCCAGCCAAGGCCCUACCAACCAACUGCCUCUCUGAGGAAGAGGUAGCCAAGAAGCGGAAAAACCUGGCCACUUACUGCCGGCCAGUGAAGGCCAAGCACUGCCAGGCUGGCGCCCCAGCCGAUGCGGCCUGCUCUGUGCGCCGCAAGAAGCCGGGUCCAGCCCUGGCCUUUGAGGAGAAGUGUUCUACACUGAAGUCAAAAGCCCAUUAACGAGAAAGUGCCUGUCCACUGCGAUGGAGCCGCCAGCACCUCCUCCCCUCCAGAUCCGGGCCCCAGGCUGCUGCCGCUUUUUAUAACUUUAUAUUAUUUUUUUUAAGAAAAAAAACUCUUUAAAAUACCUCAAGACUGUCUCCCUGUUCUGUUGCUGCUAAGAAAGUAUAAAAACAGAAACAGAGAAAAGGAAGGAAAAAAAUGUAACAAAAUGAGUGUCCUUACUGUGCCUAACCGCACCCUGGGAGGCUGAGAUGAUAGGCAGCCAGAUUCCAGCUCCCAUCGCUUACCUGCAGAAGUCUCUUAUGCUCAUAUAUUUUUGUCCUUGUUAAAAAGUGUGGAAAUGGCUGGGGUUUGUAUCAUUGGGGCAGUCUUCUCUCCAGAUAGGAUGGUGGAGGCAUGUGGGUCUGAGUGAGCAGGGCUCCCCAGAAUCUUGACCCCAGAGGCUACUCCAGUCCCAUCGGGAAGGGAAACUUAACAGGGGAGGGGAGCCACAGGAUCUGGCUCUACUCUUGGAUCUUUGCCCUGGGGGUCUGAGGGAGUCAGCCUGUGGCCCUUUUCUGGUCUUCGAGUAACCCUGGGCCUCCAUCCUAUCUCUGAAUUACUGCCUCAGUUUCUUCAGCUGUUUUGCCCUUCCGGCUUCUUACUGCCUGCCUUAUUUUCUCAACCACUGGAGGAGCUCGAAUUGAGUUGGUAACUGCUCUCAGGAUGUCCCUGAUUUCUGUAGGACAGCCUGUUUGCCCUUAAGGAAGGGGUGCAGCCUCUCCCAGGUAGGCCUCCUUGAUCUGAACCACACUUUUUUUGGAGGCAUGAAGGGGAAAGGUAUGAUCACUUACAGAACUUCCCUUGGUGUAGAAGGCAGCAGGAAUGUGGGAGGUCCUGGGCCUUCAGGAUCACCUGGCUUCCCAGGGCUGAGCAGAUGGUUUGGAGGUGGCACGGGCUGGGAGUGCCCUAGUUCUGCCAUUUAUCUCACUGGGGACAAUUACUGUGCAGAUAGGGGACGAGACUCUUGCGUCUCCCUCCUUUCGUCCUCAAACCUGAAUUCACCAGGCACAGGGCACUAUUUUUUGUCCUUGCCCUUUCCUUUCAGUCUCCUUGCUUGUAAGCAGGGGGGAAUCUUAUUCCUUUAACAAGACAGAAGAAGGGAUGGCAAGAGAGAGUGGGCAGCUAGGGAAAUUCAGUUUUUCUGGAAAACUGCAAAACACUGGUUUCACACUCUUGGUUCAAUGUACCAAGUUUGUGAUUUGGGGUUUGGGUGAAAUCAGUUGCUGUAAAUGUAAUUUCCGCAGGCUACUUGAGACAAGCCAUUGUAGACAUAAAGAUACAAAUGAGGUUAGCUGAAGAAACAAAGUGGGCCCGGAGUUGCCUGGUCCCCUUCUGCCCUCGGGGCUCUCCA